GUGUAGCGAACUGACGUUUACAAAAUGCAAGCAAUAUCGACGAUAUUACCAUAGGACAUUGCGGUUUCAACAGGGAGAUUCUGAAAAAAUGUCCCAGUACAUUUGCAUAGUAAUUAUGGUGCUGGCAUUCGGUGGAAACUGUGUGGACGCUCAGUGUGAAGGUGAUCUGCAGCCCUGGUCCCCAAGUGGCAUACAACGAGAAGAUCUGUUGUGCUGUACUGUUAGUAAUGCCUGCAAGAAUGACCAUCCAACAGUACCAGGGCAAACUGAGUACGAAAAGUGUUGCACAUGCAGUUCGACGACAACGUGGUCUGGUCAAGAGAAAGCAUUGCUCAUCGAGUACAUCAGUGUAUCGGGAAAAUCCCUAAUGGUAGAUCCCGACAUGUUUAACGAUAGCAAUGUAUAUAAGAUCGAACAUCAUGAAGGUGUAAUGACAGAGAUUCCGAGUGAUAUUUGUGAUUGGGACAAAGAUACACGGUUAAAAGUGUUUUCACGGCAUGUAAACGAAUCCAUGAAGUACUGGCAUUACAUCGUUCAAAUUGAUUUCAGUAAAAACAAAGUUCGGAAAGUCGAAAGCUUAAACUGUCUGAAGAAACUCGACAAACUCGAUCUAUCCCACAACAAGAUAACACACUUCAAAAAUACAACGAUCAAUCAGCUAACCCAUUUAAGACAUCUUGAUUUGUCAUAUAAUCACAUUGUAAGCAUGGACCCUGCUUGCAUAUCACAGCCUUCUCAGAAUUUAUUUGUUGCGAAUUUUGAGCACAACAGACUUGCAGUUUUGGAUAUCACAAAUGCUUUUUCUGUAAAUCCGUUUUGCCACGUCGACUACACGAGUAAUAUUAUUGACAAGUUCGUAAAUGCACUAGGGUUUACCUUGGAUAAAAACAAAACAUAUGGACCGGGAUUUGUAAGCUUCAAUGAAAACAAUUUCGAGAGAUUUCCAGAUUUCACAUCUUUAUUAGGCCUUUCAAGUCUCGCUGAGUUCGGACAACUAAGCUCGUUUGGAUUCGAUUUCAGGGACAUUGAACUAGAUUGUGACUGCUAUCUCGAGCCGUUUCUAAGCAUGGGACAGAAUCUAAAGGAUGUUCUAUGGCGGGAAUAUUUUAACAUCACUUGUGCAAAUCCACCAAGUUUAAGGAAUGUCAAGGUGCCAAACCUUAAUCCAUAUGAUCUUGUGUGUAACCUCACGCGAGAGGAUAACUGUCCACAAGAAUGUACUUGCAUUGACAGACCGAACACAGACACAUUAUAUGUUACUUGCACAAACUUGAAGGAGUUGCCAGCAUUUCUACCGAAUUCGACAUUAACUCGUUUCAUUUCAUUAACAUUACCUAACAAUGAAAUAAAGGUGUUGUCAAAUAAGUCAUAUAUAUCAAAAAUAUCGUUUCUCGAUAUUUCAAAUAACCAUUUGGAACAAAUAGAUGAUGGUGUGAUAGCUGCUCUGGAGAAUGCAACGCUUAACUUAUCGAAUAACGUACGGCUUGCACAACUACCACAACGCGUGCAACAUAGAAACCUCUGUAUCACAGAUAUGGAAGGCUUGCAGUUAACAUGCGGAUGUCAAGAACUUUGGAUUGAAAACUGGCUAAAAGUGAAGAGAUGCGAUGAAGAGAAACUUUUCAAAUGCGCCGUACCAGACCAUGGACUCGUAGAUGCCCGAAAAUUUUCAAGUUCCUUGUUAGACUGCAAACCAAAUUCGUUGAUCGUCAUUGUAUCGUUUAUGUCUGCUGUUUUGGCAGCCUUGAUCAUAUGUGGAACCCUAACAUUUUUGCUUAGAUACGAAAUUCUCAUAAUAUUUCUGAAAAUUAGACAAAAAACACCCGAUAAAACAGAAACUGCUAAGCGAUUUCAGCAUGACGUAGCACUUACGUUUAACGAAGAAGACGAUAUACUUCGGGGCUGGAUUUUAAAAGUACUUCUACCUAAUUUAGAAGAUAAUAACUAUCGAGUUUUUCUUCCCUCCCGAGACAUACCAUUUGGCAGCAAACGAGACAAUAUCAUUAUGAAAACAUUUGCAAAGACGCGAUCCUUUUUAGUAGUACUUUCAGAAAAAUAUCUUCACCAAACGGAAAAUCAGAGCGGCCGAUUGUGGACAGAGAACGAAUGGAAAUGCGCCUGGAACCAGUUUAAAGAUGACAGAAUGAAAACGCUGAUCAUUAUCAACUACGAUCACCUUGCACCUUCGGACGUAUCAAUCACACAGAUUUCAGCCUUUCUUCGGGUCGGACAUACAAUUGAGUUCGGUAAUCACGGCGAUCAAAUCAUGCACGAUAUUUAUGACAAACUUGGGCCAGCACCAAACCAAUCAGAACGCAGAGAAAUCGUUAAAAAAAUAAAAUAUACAGAAACGCAUAGAAAAUUCAAUGGGUAUCCUAAAAUAUACCCCGAAAAUAGUAACAUUGAUAUGAUCAAACCCUUUGAUGUUGAUAUUUUAUUCCGUGUUGAAAAGAAAGACUUAAAUAGAAAAUACACAGGGCAUGCCAUUUAAAUACUUGUGUUCUGAGAGUUACUUUCGAAAAGCACGUUGCAUUUCAAAGUAGAUUUCUUCUUUAUACCCUUGUAGAACCUUGGUUUACCAGGUAAAAUAGACAUCUUAAUCAAUGAAGGAACAUUCAGAGCUAUAUCUUGUAAAUUUACAAUGUACAUGUGCAUCAAUAAAUAUAUAGUUUAUACUAACAAGUAUAUAACAGUGUCAUAGGUAUGACCCUUUUAGGAGUGGGGAUAUAUGCACUGCAAAUGUCCGCCUAUCGGUCUUUCAGAAGGUCGGUAAUAUUCCAAUAGGUAUGGUGGUAGGACGGUUCGAAGACCAUUCGUUUCCGCACGAUUAUGUUUUGAUGUAUAACCAUGACAAUUGUAUGAAGGUAACUGCAGAGUAAAAGACGACUGUCGAUUUUGAGGUGAACGGAUCAAAACUCAAGGUCACUGUGGCUUGUAACAUAAAGAUGAUAAGAUAUAAAGGACGGUUUAAAUACCGUUAAUACCAUUUAAAACAUCGUAAGAGAUUAUAGUUUCAUUUGAUAUAAAUACCAUGUUAACAUUGAGCACCGAAGUUCAUAAUUAUUCGAUAGAUUAAACAGAGUGCAGGAUCACGUGACUUCGUGUGGUUCCACCUUUUAACUUUUAUGGAUUUAAACACGACGGUUAGUGGUGCUUUAUUUCAAAUUACCUUUUUAAAACAAUUUUUUUGUAAGAAUUUCAACUAGUUCAUAAAAGACAGAGUUUUAUGCUGCUCAUGGCAAUGUAAAAUACAUCAGAAUUACUUUAUUUAACAAGCCUGUGUUCUUGUUCAAAAUUCGAUUUGAACUACACGGUUAUGUUUUACGGAACGUGAAAUUUUGUAAACGAUUUCAGACGUAUUCAAGGAUUUAUUCUUAUACCUUAAGACAUCGGCACAAACUGCAAGAAAAACUGUCGUUUACGCACAAAAUAUUUUUGCAAAUGUAUUUCAUAAAACUUGAAUAAAUAAAGAUUUUAAAGUUGUGAUUACAUUCUGUCCAGCCCGUGUGUUACCCCCUGAAAACACCGUUGAUUCUGCACCCUGUCAUUGGAACUGUCGCAAUUAAUUUCCUUCAAGCCAAUGAUCCUGUUGCACUUGGUAUUUACUUUAAAACUUGUUCCAGCCAGCUUCAUUGACACUGUUGUCAUUUUAUUAGUCCUAUUAAACAUUCAGUGGGGAAUAUAAGUUUACCCUUUUUACUUUUUGUGUUACUGCCCACCUGUCUAACUGUUCAUAUGACAGUCCGAUAUCAAACAUUAAUCUUGUGUUUUAUCAAAGAGUACUGAAGACGCUUUGAUAAAACUUCGUAUACUUAUAAAGGGCAGUGUUAGGAUUUUGCACGAACCCUAUUUUAACCCGAUUAAAAGGUCCCUUUUACUUAAACAACAAAACUUAAAAGUGUGCAGUUUGACUGUGAAUCCCAUCAUCUGUUCAUCCUUCUUUGUCUGUUUGUCCGCUAAAACUGAAAUAUUGUUAUGUUUUAACGAUAUAAGAUGAAAUAAUAAAACUUAGUAAACGAUUUCAUCCAUAGGUUUGCUUUAUAUAUACCUGUCUAUACCUGAAUAUAUGUGUAUUGUAUACUGUAUAAUAGAAGUGGAUAAGAACAAGAAUUUCCAUCCUUAUAGACUUUCAGUGCAAUUGUUUUAUGUAUUUGAUAUGACCACGACAACUGAUGUGGCAGCCUAACUAUUCCAAAUACCGUUUCAGGUGUUUUCAAUGACAAAAAUUCGUUAUUCAUCGUUGCUUAGUUAUGGUAUCACUUGUAACGGCUCAUUUUGCGAGAAUGAAAGGAGCGGAAAAUCUGAAGAUGAGGAAUAGCGUUUGCUUAGUUAUAUACACUGUCGAUCCUAAUUUGCAACGUAAGUGAAGUAUAAAUCGUCUCAUAAGUUUCACACUUAGCUAUAAUACAACACUUUAAAGAGGCAAAGUACGAACACUGAUGUACACUUGCUUGUAUCGUAUAAUGUGUAACAAUAUUUGCAUUUUGUAGGUCAAUAAAUAUAAACUCGUGAAAAUAAAAAGGCGAAAUAAACUCGCCGGAUAAUAAUUUAAAUACACAUGCUAUGGAUAUGACAAUACACGUUAAAAACAGCCUUAUCAAUGUGUUUGGUUACUCAAUGUAAAUCGGUUAAGCGUCCAAUGUAAGCUUUACUACUUGUCAUGCAGUAAACAAUUUUACAAUAGGAACAUAUAUAAACUAGGUUAAUUUGAAAAAUAAACGGUCCAAAUAGUUGUAAUGGCAACAUAACACAUUCAAAAGUGGUGUGUUUUUUUUUUACAUCAGACGGUUUCAUUCUCUUGUAUGCCAAAUGGAAUAGAAACACUAUAAAUGGAAAACAAAAUAUAUAACUUUUCCAGCGAAUUUUCACCAGUUGUUAAGGUACAUUUGUUUCAAACUUGAUAUUUUCACAGAUUUAAGCAUGUAUUGAAGUUUGUCAUUAAAUGCUUUAUAUUGGUUUUGGCCUGUCUGUCAUUGUAUGUGUCUGUCUGUCUGUUAUUCUGUCCCAAAACUUUAACAUUGGUCAUAACUUUUGCAAUAUUGAAGAUAGCAACUUGAUAUUUGGCAUGCAUGUGUAUCUCAUGGAGCUGCACAUUUUGAGUGGUGAAAGGUCAAGGUCAUAGCCAUCCUUCAAGGUCAAAGUUCAAAUAUAUGGCUUCAAAGCGGCGCAGUAGGGGGUAUUGUGUUUCUGACAAACACAUCUGUUGUUUUUCGUUCUUUACGUAUUUUGUAUAUGUAUUUUUCAACACUAAACUACUACACGUAAUUGUAAUGUUUACAGGAUAGUUCACUAACCAAUACGCUUAGUCAUCGAUGAAUACUAUUACGAAUAACUUAUGAUAUGUGUUGAAUUCAUAACAUGUAUAUGUAUUUUUGUUGCCAUUUUCUUAUGUCUGAUUUUAAAAUGUUAUUAUUCAUACUGUAUAU